CGGAGAGUGGAACCUUUAUACACGGCCGCGGCGGUGGGGGGAACAUUAGUCGUUGGGACCGCCUGACGUCACAACUUUGGUCCUCAAUAAGAUAUUAAUGAACCAAAAGGACCUUUUGCCACUCUGAUUUCAUCCCUAAUUGUGGAAGUCAUGCGUUUCAGACAACGAGGAGGGAACCUGGGACUGCUUCUGUUACUUAGCCAGAUAAUCCAAGUUGGAUUUGAUAAUAUUCCACCCGUUACGCUGAUAACAAUGGCGCUGAAUGUCUAUCUUUUCUUGUCACCAAUUAAGCCAUUAUUGGAUGUUUGCAUCAGUGUGCAUGAAACCUGGAACAGAAAAGAUUGGAAACGUCUCUUUUAUUCACCGUUUCACCAUGCCGAUGACUGGCACUUGUAUUUCAACAUGGUGUCUAUGUUGUACAAAGGGAUUAAAUUGGAGCCAAGGAUUGGCACCAGGUGGUUUGCCUACAUAUUGUCGGUGUUUUCUAUUCUGACUGGAGUCGUUUACUUGGUCCUGGAAAAACUCCUUGAAGAACUGAUGGAAGACCAUUCAUAUAAAACGCAAUGUGCAGUUGGUUUCUCAGGUGUUUUAUUUGCGCUGAAAGUUGUGAACAACCAUUACAACCCUGGAAGCAUCAGUUACGUGUUGGGCUUCCCAGUGCAGGGACAGUACGCAUGCUGGGCUGAGUUGAUAGCAAUUCAUUUGAUUGCUCCUGGGUCAUCUUUUGUUGGCCAUCUUUCUGGUAUUCUUGUUGGGUUACUAUACACCAAAGGGCCCUUGAAGAAUGUGAUGGAAGUGUGUGCUGAUGCUGUUUCAUCGAGUGCCUCUUCGAGACGACAAGUCAGAUUCAAUAACCAAGGGUACUCUGGUUACUAUGAUUUUAGUUACUUUGGUUACAAUGAUGCCUCAAACCACAGGACAAACUAUACAGGAGGAAUGACUGAGGAGGAACAAUUAGAAGAAGCAAUUCGGGCAAGUCUAAACGACUGUGGAGCCCCUGGCCAUGGCAGAAGACCGUACCCCUUUGGGAACCAAGGGCAACUCAGUGAAGAGGCAAUGAGGCAGAAAAGAAUUUAUCGAUUUGCAAGAUGAUUUAUUGGCUCCGUCUUUCCACCUGUCACUGGUAUCCCAUUAUUGGGUUGCAUAUUGUCAUUGUUUGCACAGUUCUUGCACAUUUUCAUGUAAAAUCCAUUCUGCAUUUUGCAAUCAGCAUUGCGGGUAUCUGCCGUGUUUAUUCCAUGUACUUGCUUUACAUAUCAUCAUAUGACUCGUCUGAAGUUUACUUUACAAUUUCUUCAAACAUUUUGAGUUUGGUUUGACACUGGUGGAAUGUUGACCAGGAAGUGCAAAGUUGAAAUCAAAUCUUAUCUACAGUGAAGCAUGAUUCACAUCUUAGUGGUUGUCUCUGGGAGAAGCAGCUGAACACUGCACCAUGACUGGGUUCAGCAUUUAAAACUAGUUGCGAGGCUAACUGGUGGAGGUGAGCAUCCUAGCUGCACUGAACUCACUGGGUGGAGGUGAGCAUCCUAGCUGCACUGAACCCACUGGGUGGAGGUGAGCAUCCUAGCUGCACUGAAACCAUUGGGUGAGUGAACUGAAAUAGACCAAAUGGUCUUCCUCAUCCAGAAUUAUUUUGUCUCUGACGUCACUUGUAUUUGAAGGAAUCAUUGUAUUAUUUCCAACACACCAGGCUAGAUGGGAAGGCACAGGCCAAGGGAUUGAGAGACAUUGAUUAGUGUACUGAUUCUCUGAUGCAUAACAGUUCACUGACAACACAGCUUCUCCAUGAAAUUUCCAAUGUGCCGUCCCAACCUGGAGAGUAAUGAAAGGCUUGUUUUUUUUUAAUGGCAGUUUUACAAUUUCUGUCAGAAAUGUCUCCAGGCUUUCACAUGAAGAGUAUUAUAUAAGUGCCGUGGUUAUUUUUCUCAACAACUUUUUUAAGUUGGUAAGAAAAGGAAUUUAAAAAGCCAAUAAAGGCUUCAAUAUGGUAAAAUAAAUAAAUAAUUCUUAUGUGAAAUGAUUUUAUUUGUCUUUAUUUGGAAUUGUGUUGCUACCGCAUUAUCUGCUCUCAAGUGGCAGGCUUCAUUCUUCCAAUAGCAGUGAUUCUAUUUUCUUGGUUAAUCUAGAAUGAGGCACAGGUGGAGACCCACACCCUUUACAAACGUAAAUUCGACAAAUCUCAAAAUUAAAUACAAAAGGUUCAGCUAAGAGAACAAUGGAAUGUUUUAUUUGUGAACAUUCUGUCUAUGGUAGUUAGUGUGCUUUAAGGUCAGCCAUCUAAUUUGGCAAUUGUGGCAUUUAGCAUGAAUUACAACAAAAAUCCUUUUCUUUGCCUUUAUUGCAUCAAUGGUGAGGUGGACUGCAGAAUGUAAAAUCGCAAUCACGAUAGAGGGGGAUGCGCUGGACAUGAGGGACAUUGUCGUUUGCUUGAAAACUAAUCAAGAAUGAUUUGCCUGUUAAAUCUGUUUAAUGUAUGGGUGGUUAAGGUGUGGGUGACUGCAAAUUACUGGUAACUGAGCACAUGAAAAGUGAAUCUAUUUAGUUACAAUGUUUGAACGAAAGGAUUUCAUCUUAUUCAACCACUGUUUUGAGACUUUGUCAAUACACUCAAGUCCAAAAUCAGAAUGUAAUCAUGAACUUUGUGUUCAUCAUUCUGUAACCAGCUGAGUAAAUGGAAUGUGUGAUUUGCUGUAUUAUUUAAAGUAAUUUGGCAUUUUCUUGAAAAUAUUCAUCACUUGUAUGCUGAUGAUUGUUUCGCUCCAUAGAUUAUGUACAAACACUACAAAUGGUUUUAUUUUCUCUAUUGCUACUCUCCAUUCAUGUCCGAAUUGGGUUUGAAAAUAUGAAUCAUACGUUUUUAGAUCUGGUUACAAUCACUAGAAACCAAUUGAUUUUAAUUUUUCAAAGAGCCUUUUAUGUGGGUAGGAAAAGUUCUCUAAUUAUCUUUUCAGUGUUACAUGAUGUGUGCCUUAUGAAUCCUAGCUUUUUGAUUAUUACACUUGCAUUCAAUAAACACUGUGCACUUAUUAAUGUGACUUGCAAAUGUAGGUCAGGGAAGAGAACAGUUCAAAUGAAACUCAUCCAAACUCAAUGGAGCUGGAACACUCCAGUCAGAGGGUUUCCUCCUCUGACCACAUCUGAGCAGGAAAAUUACAGAGGCAUUGCCAAGUUUCCUGAUUUAGAAAUGUCUUUCUUUUCAAUUUGUGAUAAUUGGAUCCCAGAGCCUUAAAAUGAGUUUGUAAUAUAACCAA